GGGGAGGGCAUGCGCCGGGGCUCGGGGGCGCACCCUCCCGCCGCGCUCAGCCGCGCCCAGCGUCAGCAGGCGCUCUGAGCGGCCACUCCCGGGCCGCGGCCGCGCCGCCCUCCGCCUCAGUGCCAGCCGGCAGCCCGAGCCCGCCGCUCUCCCACGGGCGCAGCCCCUCUGCCCGCGUCCCUCAUGGCCAAGCCCCUGCUGCUGGUCGUCUGCGGCGCUCUGGUGGUGGCCCGGGCCCAGUGGGGGGCCACCGUGACCCCCGCCGGCACGAGCGAGCCGCCGGACGCGCCGACGGUGGCGCCCACGGAGGACGAGACCCUGCAGAACGAGGCGGACAACCAGGAGAACGUUUUGUCGCAGUUGCUGGGAGACUAUGACAAGGUCAAGGCUGUGUCUGAGGGCUCAGACUGUCAGUGCAAGUGUGUGGUGAGACCCCUGGGCCGAGACGCCUGCCAGAGGUUCAUUGAGGGGACCUCUAGGAAGGAAGACUUCUACACCGUGGAAACCAUCACCUCGGGCUCGUCCUGCAAAUGUGCCUGUGUCGCACCCCCGUCGGCCCUCAAUCCCUGCGAGGGAGACUUUCGGCUCCAGAAGCUGCGGGCGGCAGACAGCCGGGACUUGAAGCUUUCCACCAUCAUAGACAUGCUGGAAGGAGCCUUCUAUGGUCUGGAUCUCCUGAAGCUGCAUUCUGUCACUACCAAACUGGUUGGACGGAUGGAUAAACUGGAGGAGGAAGUUUCCAAAAACCUCACCAAGGAAAAUGAGCAAAUCAAAGAAGACAUGGAAGAAAUCCGAACGGAGAUGAACAAGCGGGGGAAAGAGAACUGCUCUAAGAGCCUCCUGGACAGCAUGCCGGACGUCCGCUCGGCCUUGCAGAGGGACGCGGCGGCCGCCUACACCCACCCCGAGUAUGAGGAGCGGUUUCUGCAGGAAGAAACCGUGUCCCAGCAGAUCAACUCCAUCGAGCUCCUGCAGACGCGGCCCCUGGCCCCGCCCGAGGUGGUGAGGCCACAGCGGCCCCUACAGAGGCAGGUCCCCCUGCGGGGCCGGCCGGCCUCCAAGCCCACCGUCAUCCGGGGCAUCACCUACUACAAGGCCAAGGUCCCAGAGGAGGAGAACAACAUCGAAGAGCAGCAAGACGAGUUUUUCAGUGGGGACAACGGAGUGGAUCUGCUGAUUGAAGAUCAGCUUCUGAGACACAACGACCUGCUGACCAGCGCCCCCCGGAGGCCGGUGGCCACCCACCGGGGCACCACCGGCACGACCCACAUGCAGACCUCGGCCCCGGCCUCGCCCUCAGAUCCCAGCUCCCCCGACCCCACCCUGUCCCCCUCAGCGACGCGGUUCCCAGACCCGCUCCAGACCUCCUCCGUGAUUCCAGGUCCCACGACGGGGGCAGGCCUGGAACCCUCCACUCAGGUACCAGCCACCACCGUGGCCCACACAGCCACCCAGCAGCCUCCGGCCUCGGCCUCCGUGCCAGGGGCCUCUGGGGACGCAUUUACCGAGGCUCCACCCACGGCCCUGGUGCCUCCCACCACAGUCCAGACGGACCCGCUGGGGAGAGACACUGCCACGGGGCAGGGCGGGGCCUCCGCCAGCCCCACCCUGAGCCCGGAGGAGGAGGAUGACAUCCGGAAUGUCAUAGGAAGGUGCAAGGACACCCUGUCCACCAUCACGGGGCCGAUCACCCAGAACACGUACGGGCGGAACGAAGGGGCCUGGAUGAAGGACCCCCUGGCCAAGGAUGAGCGGAUUUACGUCACCAACUAUUACUAUGGCAACACACUGGUGGAGUUCCGGAACUUGGAGAACUUCAAACAGGGUCGCUGGAGCAACUCCUACAAGCUGCCCUACAGCUGGAUCGGCACGGGUCACGUGGUAUACGGCGGCGCCUUCUACUACAACCGCGCCUUCACCCGCAACAUCAUCAAGUACGACCUGAAGCAGCGCUUCGUGGCCGCCUGGGCCAUGCUCCACGACGUGGCCUACGAGGAGGCCACGCCCUGGCGGUGGCAGGGCCACUCGGACGUGGACUUCGCCGUGGACGAGAACGGCCUGUGGCUCAUCUACCCGGCCCUGGACGAGGAGGGCCUCAGCCAGGAGGUGAUCGUGCUGAGCAAACUCAACGCCGCGGACCUGAGCACGCAGAAGGAGACCACGUGGCGCACGGGGCUGCGGCGGCACCUGUACGGCAACUGCUUCGUCAUCUGCGGGGUGCUGUACGCCGUGGACAGCCACAACCAGCGCAACGCCAACAUCUCCUACGCCUUCGACACCCACACCAACACGCAGAUCGUGCCCCGGCUGCUGUUUGAGAACGAGUACUCGUACACCACCCAGAUAGACUACAACCCCAAGGACCGCCUGCUCUACGCCUGGGACAAUGGGCACCAGGUCACCUACCACGUCAUCUUCGCCUACUGACGCCCGUCUCCACGUGCGGAAGUGCAGGGGGGGCCCCGGCGCCUUGUGUGCGUGCGUGCGCGUGUGUGUGGGUGUGUGUUGUUUAAAAAAUAUAUAAUAUUUUGUAUAAUGUUGCAGUUGUAAAAUGACAGUUCGGGUCUAUUUUUUUUAAGUGGAUUGUAGAUCAAUCCAUACACGUAUGUGCUGGUCUCAUCCUCCACGGUUUAUAUUUGUGUGCAAAUGAACUUCUCCUUCUGACCAGGAACCACCUUCCUUCAAACCCUCAGCCCCUCCAGCUCCCGGAUCUUGGCCAUUGGAAAGGUUUCUCCAUCCGGGUCUUGCAGGCCGAAGGCCCCAGGAGCGGGGGGUGAAGGAGGCGAGAAAGAAGCGUUAAGGGGCGGGAAAAUUUUUAUGUAUUGGAGAAGUUUUAAAAACCCAGAAAAAUGCUUUUUUUUUUUUUUUUUUAAAUAAAGAGGAAAUGUAAAACCACCCCC